GCGGGUUUGUCCGACUAAGAGAUUGAUAGGAAUGACUCCUUAUCCAUAUUGACUGACACACCAAAGUGUAGUGAAUUCUUGUCUAAUCAUUCCUUUGGAUCUUCCAUAAGGAAAAUAACCUUAGGAAAUCUUUUUCCAUGGCUUGUAUUGAGGAACACUCGACGUAUCCAGGAAAAAGACUAGGAAUGGAAGAUACUACAUUAACCCUGGAACAAGUUGAACACAUGCCACCUGCCCCAAGAACCAUCUCUUCGAUAAGAAUACGUGAAUUUGAUGACACCACUGCCAACCCUGAACCAAUAGUACAAGAUGAUGAGGAGGAGGCAGAUCAGUUGUUAGAGGAAUUCCUGUCCCCAUCUAAACUGAGAUCUUUGACUGGUUUCUCAAAUCUUGAUCAAGUUGAAUACCUUGAAAUGAGAGUUGAUACAAGAGAAAAUAGUUUAGGAAAUUUUGGUGCUCUGCUACCAAAUCUGAGUGAAUUAAAGUUGUCUAACAGCAUUAUAGCCACAGUAAGAGACCUUGGUACAUCUUUGACUAAUUUGAGGACUCUGUGGCUUGCAAGAUCUGGGCUCAGUGAUUUGGAUGGAAUUAGUUCAGUCUCCUCAUUAAAGGAGCUAUACUUGGCAUUUAAUCACAUUGAGGAUGUUAGCCCAGUCAGCAUGCUAGACCAGCUGGAGAUUUUGGACUUAGAAGGAAACAAUGUGAGUGAUAUCACACAGGUUGAAUUUUUAUGUCUGUGCUCAUCAUUGAAGAUCUUGACACUUGAGGGAAACCCAAUUUGUACAGUUGCUCAGCCCUUAGCAUCAUCAGAGGAAAUACAAAGCUAUGAUUAUCGCAGUGCAAUCCACAAAGCUGUUCCAAAUGUUAAAAUUCUGGACGAUGAACCUUUCUUGGUGGAAAAGGUUGAUGGUAAACCUGUGCUUAGGCAGCCACCAGCAUCACACAGAGCUACCAAGGUUCCAGAACAUCUCAAAGAAGACUGGCAGCUGGUCAAUGAAGGAAUCAAAGCAAUUGAUGUCGAGGAAGAAGAGGAAAAUCCAGCUGACUUGGUGAGACCAGGCUCAGCAGCAGGUACAUCAAGACAAAACAGACCCUCAAGUGCCAUGUCCACUAGACAACGACCAAUGUCUGCAUCACGACAGAGACCAUCCAGUGCCAUGGGUCAGAGGCCUGGCUCUGCUGGAGGAGGCUCAGAACCUGUAGGAGUGUUUCGCCAGGAUGACAGCAGUGAUCUUACUCAUGGUUCCAGUCAAGUUAUUUGUGGAAAUAUUUCACGGGCACUGAAGUCAAGACAAAAGGAUUUGAAAACGCCCAAGAUGCCUGUUGUGACGUUUCUCGAAAGUCCACGACUUUAUACGCCAGAGAAGAGUUUUGAGGACGACACGGAACCAUCUGCGAGCAAACAAGACAUCCUCAAAGAACUCAAAGCUUGGAGAGAGGAUUAUUCCAAGAUGUUAAAUGACGAAAGAAGUACAAUCGCAUAUAGGGGAGAUCAAAGUCGUGCGCCCGAUAGUGAGUUACCAAAAACCUCGCCCAUGAUGGACGCCCCUGUCACACGCGCCUACUCUCCCUCCCCUCCUUAUCGCCCUCCAGAAGGUCCUGCUGCCCUACGCCGUUCACUACCUAAUCCUCCCUCAGUCGGAAGGGAAAUUUUAAGCAGACCCAAUACAGCAGCAGAUUUCAGGAUGCGAAGAUUCCGACAGCUUUCUGGCGAGACUAGUGUAAACCAAUUGAGACUGCGAACUCUGCAUGGAGACGAGAGUUUUGAAGUGGACAAAAAUUUAUCAACACCGUCUUUAGAUACUAGACCCUCUGUGGCACUACUAGCAGAGGAUGACACGGAACCACGCUCUUCCUCUGCGCCUGUGCGGAUCAACCGUCGUCCGAGGAAUUUGCCGUCAACGAAAGAUGACAUAAGACCCUCCCGCAAACUUCCUGACCCACCAUUUCUGGGACAGAGGCCGGGCACAGCAGCCGCUGCCUUGCAGAAACGGAGAUUCAAACCUUUCCAAGAAUGACAGAAACAGCGAGGAGAACGUGUAGAAUGGACAUAUGAAAAAAAUCAGCGGGUUUCGGAUACUGACUUGUUAACAACAACGAACAACAACAACAAGUCUUGUGCGUGACGGAUGCUCACCUAUUCACCUGGAGUGCUGUGCAACUGAUUAUGGUUUAACUACUCAAUGACAAACUCUUUUUUAACUUAUGAAAGGGAAAAACUACGAGAUUCCUGUUGAUUGAAAUAUUGUAUAUAUUUUUGUUUUUGAUUGCGGUGACAUUGUAAAUAAAGGUGUGUUAAAGUUGA